UUCUACCGCGAAAACCACGUUCCGGAAUUCACGUGGGAAAUUCAAAACAAACGCGGUUUGACAGUUGCAGGUGAGUCAAGGGUUGAAUUAACUCAAGGGUUAUAUUUACACCGACCGGCACCGCGCGAAAUGUGCGGAAUAUUCUGCUAUUUCUGCAAGGACGAGAACCUUGCACGUGGCCAUACGAUUCUACAGACAUGUAUUCCACUGCUCUCAAAACGAGGACCGGAUGCAGAAGGACAACUUACGAGCGGGUCUCGCUUGCUGUUCUACGGUUCAGUUCUGUGGCAUCAAGGGUCAACCAUUUGCCAGCAACCGCUAGAGACCGACCAAACAGUGCUGGUAUUCAAUGGGGACAUAUUUCAAACGCGUGACGAUCCGGAAGAGAGCGAUACUCGAUGGUUGCUGAGGAAGAUCGAAGCGUGUCGUGAUGAGAACCAGUUGCGGCAGCUUUUUGGUCUGCUGCGAGGACCUUUCAGCUUGAUAUUUCUUCGAAAGCAAGAGCAGAAACUGUACUUUGCCCGGGACAGCAUCGGAAGGAAUUCGCUGCUCUUAGGCCGGAGUAUUGAUCUGGAAGAGAUCUUCAUCACAAGCGUUAGCGGCAAUCUCCAGCCAUCCCACAUGCUUCAUGAGCUGCCUCCUUGUGGACUGUACUGCGUUGAUUUUAAAGAAGACAUGAACAUAAGCUUGUUCCCUUGGGCCGACACCACGGAGGCGAAGCAGUUGAUCAGUACUUUGGUGAUAAACGAAGAAAUACUUUUGUACCCCUCUCAGUCUCUACAAGAAGAGAAGCCAACGUACAACUUUCCCGAAUUGCUACACGGAAAGGAACUUCACCCUGAUAACGCACACAAACAGCUGCUACAAUCAGCCGAAUUAAACAGUGUUUGCGAGCAUUUGCUAACUGCCCUACGUGCCUCGAUCAAAGAACGCGUCGUCAGUACGACGGGUUCGUGCAAAAACUGUCUCCAAACUGGAGCAGAUAGGUGCACGCAUCCGAAAAUAGGAAUUCUGUUUUCCGGGGGUAUCGAUUGCACCAUAUUGGCUCUUCUGGCGGACGAAGUCGUACCUUCGUCCACUGCCAUAGAUUUGUUGAACGUAGCGUUUGAGAAAGUGUGCCGAAAUCCGAAGCAAUCGAUGGCCCCUGUUGACUGGAAUGUACCAGACCGAUUAACGGGGAAAGAGUCGCUGGAAGAAUUGAGGAUACUACGCCCUAAAAGAAAGUGGAAUUUUGUGGAGAUCAAUGUGACUCGCAAAGAGUUGAACGCACAUCGGGAUACCAUUUCGCAGCUAGUCCAUCCCCUACAGACAGUCUUGGACGAAUCGUUGGGAGCGGCCUUCUGGUUUGCUUCGAAAGGUGUUGGUCGUGUAGAAGAGUUUCCCUAUAGCAGCCCUUGUCGAGUGCUGCUUCUGGGUUCCGGUGCCGACGAACUAUUCGGGGGAUACACACGACAUCGUGCUGCAUUCGAACGAACGUAUCGUUCAUGCCUCAAGGAAACCACUUCCGAGGCCAAUGCUAUCGAGCAGGCUUACAGUGCGCUGGAACAGGAACUGGAGCUGGACUGGCUGCGUUUACCGAGUCGGAACCUGGCUAGGGAUGAUCGAGUGAUCUCCGACAAUUGUGUUACACCUCGAACACCCUAUUUGCAGGAGGACUUUCUAGCGCACGUACACUCAUUGAAGGCCAAUCAAAGAUGUUACCACCGGUUGGAGGCUGGAAUCGGAGAUAAGCUGAUCUUACGACUGUGUGCCUACAAGCUGGGGCUCGUACGGGCCUGUGGGCUGAAAAAACGUGCUCUCCAGUUCGGUUCGAGGAUAGCCGACCGUCAUCAAAACGCUAAGGAUAAUUCCACAUUCCUAACCAGUGGCGGACCUGAGUAACGGAUUUUUUUUAAUCUGUGUCAUCCGCGCGACCGAAUU